AUGUUUGUCCAAGGAACUGUUGCUCAUACCGAAGGAAAUUGGUCGUUGUUUACCACUGCAUUUUCCGAGCUCCCGUUGUAUAACUAUUACAACCCUAUAUCUGGAUCGUCCAUCACGCAAGUAGAAGAUGAGCUGCUCAGAUUGAUCGAAGAUCAAGGGCCAUUUGAUGGAGUUCUCGGGUACUCAGGGGGUGCGGCCAUUGCCGCGCAACUACUGAUUAGGGAUCGCCGGGAGAACCCUUCCAAACUUCCACACGAACGUAUAUUUCGCUGGGCAGUUUUUAUUAAUGGUGGGACGCCACUUGACGUCUUUAAUAUCUUAGACGCCGAGGUGCUAGACGGUGUGGUGGAAGAAUCCGCGCCAAAGGAGGCGUAUCAAAUCCUUCUACGGCCGUCAAAUAUCCGAGUCCGCGAGGAGGAAGCAAGGAGGCAUCCAGACUACGACCCAAGACAAAUAAAAGAGCAGUUAGAAACCCUGAAAACUAGGCAGCUUGCUGAUUCCAGGCCAUUUAUGACAAACGGAGUCACAGGAAUAGCGAGGUAUGACGGGAUUAUUCAGGGAGCGUUGAUUGAUAUUGCCACACUGCACGUUCGAAGCCCGACGGCUACCAAUCGACACUGGGGCUUGGGGCUGAUGGAGUUGUGUGAGCCUGAAAUGAGGAAAGAAUUUCUCCACGCGCAUGGCCACGACUUCCCCCGAGGUUAUGCCGAUAUGAAGAAGGUUGCGAGCCUUAUACGAGAGGUAGCAGAAAUGGCUAGCUAA